CUGUACUUAUCUGUGUUGCGUCAGGAGCAUGAUCUUCAGCAGGGUGACUCCACUGUUGAUGAGUUUUACACCCAGAGUGCGGCGAUCUGGCGCCAGCUUGACUCCCUUCACAGUGUUGUCUGUGGUACUUGUCAGUGUUGCCGGACAGUACGUUCAGAUAUGGACUUCCAGAGGAUCCAUGAGUUCCUGUCUCGACUUCGCCCAGAGUUUGAGCCUCGUCGUGCUCAGUUGUUUGCUCGAGGCCGUGUUCCUAUCUCAGAGGUGCUGACUGAGCUUCGUGCUGAGGAGACUCGUCUGCGGGGUGCUGGCCUGCUUGGGACACCUUCUGUUCUUGCUGCUCGAGGUCCCCCUGCUCCUGCCCAGCCGCUUCUUCCUACACCAGUGCCUGCUGCUUCUGGAGGAGCCCGCUCUUCUCGCGGUGGGGGUCGCUCUCGCCCUCCUCGGUUCUGCACUCACCGUCGGAGGCCUGGUCACCUUGAGUCUGACUGCUACCAGAAGCAGCGGGGUGUGCCUCCUCGUGCUCCACCCUCAGUGCCUGUCACCACCGGCUUCACUGAGCAGGAUAUAGUGAGACUUCAGCGUCUCCUUGCCUCCUCCGGCUCUGCUUCGACGGGUACUGCUGCCUCCGCGGCUGUUUCCUCUCCACAGUCAGGACACUCACACUCGGGCCCUGGUUGGGGCUGGCCCUCGGUGCCGUGACUCCCAGGGACUUUGGGAACUUGACUGGCUUCAUGUUCCUUCUUCCCACACUUCAUCGACCGCUCCAUGCGUGCUUGCUGCUUCCACCACCGCCUCCUUUCAGCAGUGGCACCACCGUCUUGGUCAUCUAUGUGGUUCUCGCUUGUCAUCUUUACUUCGUCGAGGUCUUCUGGGGCCUGUCUCAGGAGAUGUCUCACUUCAGGGUUAUCAGGGUUGUAGGCUUGGUAAACAGAAUCAGUUACCUUAUCCUACUAGUGCGUCUGUAUCUCAGCGUCCGUUUGAUUUGGUCCAUUCUGAUGUAUGGGGUCCGGCUCCUUUUGCUUCCAAGGGGGGCCACCGCUACUAUGUUCUUUUUA